UCAUCAUCAUCAUCACUAUCAUCACCACCACCAUCAUUAUCCUCACCAUCAUCCUCACCAUCAUCAUCAUCAUCAUCAUCAUCCUCACCAUCAUCCUCACCAACCUCACCAUCAUCAUCACCAUCAUCACCACCACCAUCAUCAUCCUCACCAUCAUCCUCACCAUCACCAUCAUCAUCACCAUCCUCACCAUCAUCCUAUCCAUCCUCACCAUCAUCACCAUCCUCACCAUCAUCCUCACCAUCAUCCUCACCAUCAUCACCAUCCUCACCAUCAUCAUCAUCAUCAUCCUCACCAUCAUCCUCACCAUCAUCACCAUCCUCACCAUCAUCAUCCUCACCAUCCUCACCAUCAUCCUCACCAUCCUCAUCAUCAUCCUCACCAUCAUCCUCACCAUCAUCACCAUCCUCACCAUCCUCACCAUCAUCCUCACCAUCAUCCUCACCAUCAUCACCAUCCUCACCAUCAUCAUCAUCA